AGCUUGGCUUCUCUGCCCGCUCGGACGGCGCGCCCGCUCGGCCAUGGAGCAGGGCCCCGACCCCGAGGAGGCGCGCACGGUGCGCGAGGCGCUGGGCCGCUACGAGGCGGCGCUGGAGGGCGCGGUGCGCGCGCUGCACGAGGACAUGCAGGGGCUGCAGCGCGGCGUGGAGCGGCGCGUGGCGGAGGCUCUGCGCCUGGCCGGCCCGCUGGCGCGCACGGUGGCCGAGCUGCAGCGCGACAACCAGCGGCUGCAGGCGCAGCUCGAGCGCUUGACGCGGCAGGUGGAGGCGCUGGGCUUGGCGACCGGGCCGUCCCCCGCGCCCGGAACGCCCGGCUCGCCCGGCUCGCCCAGCCCCCCGCCCGCGCCCGGCGUCCCCAGCCGCGCGCCCCGCCUGGGCACCGCGCGCUUCGCCAGCCACGCCACCUUCUCGCUGUCCGGCCGCGGCCAGAGCGUGGAUCACCAGGACGAAGCCAGCGAGGUGGACACAAGAAAGGCCUCAGACUCGUGCAUCGUUGAGAACGGGCACCAGCCUGGGACAGGUCUGGGCGAUGGGCCCCCAGAAGCCGCUGGAACCUUACCAGCACCAGAGCCCCCCAGGCCUCGCCCCGUGAGCCUCUCCCUGCAGCUGCCUCACCAGCCGGUCACGGCCGUCACUCGGGUCUCGGAGAGGUUUUCAGGGGAGACCUCGGCCGCGACUCUCUCGCCCACGUCUGCCGCCAUCCUGGGGGGCCCCAGCCCGAGCCCCAGUGAGGCCACCGCACCCCGGACUCCAGGUCCCAGCGAGAAGAGUCCUUCCGCCCCGAGGUUGAGCUCUGGCUAUGGGGCAGCAUCGGCCGGCAGGAGCGACAGCCCACCCCUGGUGACGCCUCGGUCUCCACCAGCCACCGCCCAGGCCCGGCGCCGGGAGCUGGUCAGGUCGCAGACGCUGCCCCGCACGUCCGGGGCGCAGGCCCGGAAGGCCUUGUUUGAGAAGUGGGAGCGCGACACCGCGGGCAAGGGGAAGGGCGAGGUGCGGGCCAAGCUGAAACGGUCGCAGAGCUUCGGUGUGGCCAGUGCAAGCAGCAUCAAGCAGCUCCUGCUGGAGUGGUGCCGGCAGAAGACCCUUGGCUACCAGCACGUAGACCUGCAGAACUUCUCGUCCAGCUGGAGCGACGGCAUGGCCUUCUGCGCCCUGGUGCACUCAUUCUUUCCCGACGCCUUCGACUACAGCGCCCUGAGCCCCGCGCAAAGGCAGAAGAACUUCGAGCUGGCCUUCACCAUGGCCGAGAAUCUGGCCAACUGUGAGCGCCUCAUCGAGGUGGAGGAUAUGAUGGUGAUGGGCCGCAAGCCGGACCCCAUGUGUGUCUUCACCUACGUCCAGUCUCUGUACAACCACUGCGUCGCUUUGAAUGAAGCACGUGGGGGCUGGGUGGCCGGGGCGCAGGCCCCGGGAGGACACUGUGGGGCGGCCCCACGGGAGUCGCGUGCGUUCUGGUGUGAGCGCGCCCUGGCAGCUGUGUCGUGACGCGCCCCCCGCGCGCAGGGGCUCGAGGAGGCGGGAGGCGCGCUCGGUGGCUAAGGAUUAUCUCCCUGCAAAUAAAAGGCUUGCCCUGUGGAUUCUGGAAUGUGAGAUCCCUUUUCCCUUGGGCGAAUUUGCAUCAUGGCUUCACGGGUUUACACUGGUACCAAGUGUGUGUGCUCAAAAUACCCAGAGUUGUUUUUUUUUUUUUUUUUUUUUUUUUUUUUUUUUUUUUUACUUUCUCACUGUAUCUGGGUUCCCUUCCGCCGUCCCUGGGGUCUCUGCCGGGGAAGCAGGAGGACGCCCCAGCCCCAGCCUGACGCGGGGAAAACCGUUCAGUCUCCCCCAGGUCCUGUGGCGGCAGAUGACACUUCAAGUUACCCGGCUGGGCUGGGCGGUGGGAAGGCCGUCACCUGGUCCCCAAAGCUCCCUGUCUCGGGAAGUUAACGCUUUGGGGGAGGACGAGGCCCUUUGUGCAUAGAGGUAGUUUUUAUUCACAUCUUUUUUUAGGGGAUUUGCUGGAGAUAUUUAUGAAAAGUAACUAUGUACCAUUGGCCGUUUGUACAUAAAAAGAUGUGUCAAACUUCGC